AUGCGAUGGCACCUCCCAUUAGCCUUCCUCGAGCAAUACGGCACGGUGAAGGACAACCUUGGAUCCGGCGGCAGCGGCCACAUUUUCUCCGCAAUCCGCCGAAAAGACCGCAAGGAAGUCGCCGUCAAGAUCCUCCCUCGGGCGUGCGUUCCACCGAACGCUUGGGUCCGUGACGCGCAAUACGGACGUAUACCCCGCGAAGUCGCCGUACUGAAGAACGUCAAGCAUCCCAACGCUAUCGACUUCUUCGACCUCUUCGAAGAGGAUGAUUUCUUCCUCAUCGUCAUGGAGGUGUUCGGCGGGUCCUGGCGUGCCUCUACCGUGCGCUCGUCGGAUCCCAACCCACUGCCGUUGGCAUGCCGGCCGGCGCGCACACGAGCCAUGGACCUCUUCGAACUCCUCGAAGUGCGUCAUCUCAACGAAGACGAAGCCCGCAUCAUCUUCCUGCAAGUCGUACAUUGCAUCGACCACAUGAUCUCCACACAUCACAUCGUCCACGGCGACAUCAAAGAUGAGAACAUCCUCAUCGAUUGGACAGGCGACGAGCCGCUUGCCAAGCUCAUCGAUUUCGGAGGUACCAUCGACGUUGCCAUGAGGAGGAUGUGCGGGCAAGCAGACUUCCACGGUACCUUAGAGUUUGCGCCACCCGAAGUCAUCCUCGGCCAGGCUUACGAUCCAGAGAAGGCCGAGACGUGGUCGCUGGGUGUUUUGCUCUACGGGAUGAUCAACAAAGGCCACGGACCAUUCGCAUCCCCUGAAGCCACGGCGUUCGCUGGCUACCGUGCGAUACCAUGCUCCGCUAGCUGCUCAGAUCUCAUCGCUAGCUUACUGCAAAAGAAGCAACGAUAUCGAGCUACCAUUAAAGACAUUCUCAGGCACCCUUGGCUCUCGGCAACCAAGCCGCGUUGCCCUGUUUAG